CGGAUUGAUACUGUUAGGAGUAAGUCGUUGAUCGAAUUAGGAGAAAUAUAGCAUCACUGAAGGUAAAAAUGACGGAGUCUACUCAAGUUAAAACACCAAAAAAGAAAGUAUCCAAGCCUAAGAAGCCAGCGGAUCACCCAUCGUAUUCUAGUAUGGUGAAAGAUGCAGUCACCGCACUGAAGGAGAGGGGUGGCUCGUCCAGACAGGCACUUCUCAAGUACGUCAUGGCCAACUACAAAGUUGGAGACAACCCGAAGGCAAUCAAUGCCCGUCUCAAGACUGCUUUGAAGAAUGGUGUUCAGAGUGGAAUACUGAAACAGGCUAAAGGCACAGGUGCUGCAGGUUCAUUUCGUCUCGGCGAGAAGAAAGCAGAAAAGAAACCUGCUGCCAAGAAGACUGCUGUUGAGAAGCCAAAGAAGGUUAAAACUCCCAUCAAGAAGGCAACCAAGAAGUCGGCAGGAGACAAGAAAGCUAAGCCUGCAGCUAAGAAAACCAAGUCCCCUAAGAAGACCGCAAAACCAAAGAAAGCAAAGACGCCCAAGAAAGCAAAGGUGGCAGCAAAGCCAAAAAAGGUCAAAACGCCCAAAAAGAAAGUCGUCAAGGCAAAAAAAGAAAGCCUAAACUGCAGUCACGAGAGGACCCCACUCCUUAAAGGCCCUUAUCAGGGCCACCCACAUCACACGAAAGUGUUAUGUACUCAAUUGCUGUAG